AUGGUCACCGAGCCAGUUGCACAGCCGGAUGUGAGUAUGCUUGCUGAGCCAAUUACCGAGCCGAAAGUUCAAACGACCACUGAUCCAGUCGUCGAAUCGCCUGAGAUGACGAUAUCCCGCAUCAUCGACGAGAAACACAUCGAUGGCAGUUUACAGUAUCUUAUCAGAUGGAAGCCUGUCGGUGACACAACAUUCCCAGAUUCAUGGACGGCAGCAGAGACUGCCAACGAAGCAGCGGUCGCGGACUGGAUCAGGAGAAGGGACAGAUAUGAUCCAAACGUCAGCGCGCGUGCAGCACCUACGCCCGAGCCAAUUCCUCAACCCCUUCCCGGACCGCGGAUCGAGACUGCUCCAGAAUCUAAUAACGUCAACGAGCCUGAUCCCAGGUCACUGCAAAGAGAAAGCGCCGAAGCUCACAUGCAGAGGAGUAUCGAGGGCCAGAACCUGGCAGUCAAAAAGCGAAAUGCCGCACGAACGGAGAAGCCCAGAGCUGAGGAGAAUCGAUGGAUAGAGGCAGAUCCGAGCAAACGAGUCCGCGAUAUACAGAUGGAAGAACAUAUGCCCGAGGAACCACUCCCCGAGGACUCUCCAACAGAAGACAGUCAGAGGAGGGCCAAUCCUUCGAGGCAACGAUCCGCAGCGCAGCAAAAGAUGUUCGACCGACUAAGCAAGGAGGACGAAAUGGGGAAAGCGGAGGAAGCAAGGAAACAAAAUGAACCCCUCAGUCAAUAUGCCUGUAGAGACACUUCUGCAGGGUUCUUCGAAGCCACCUUCAUUCCCAUCGGCAACAGACCGGUGUCUGCACAACAUGCCAGACUGAUGGCUCAAAAGGACGUAGCGUUACAAGUCUGGAAAGCCAACGGAAGUAAAGGAAAGGAACCUAAGGGGCCCGAAGAUCUCAGAGACCACGCGAGACGCAUAAAGGAAGAAGAAAGACGCGAGAGGCUCACGGCCAAAGCUGAGCGAAGAAAAUUGAAUCCACCAAAGCGGAAGGGCAAGAAGUGGAAGGCGGAUAGGAAAAGGUCGAUGGAGACACAAGUGGUAAGAGAAGCAGAGAAAAAGAAGGAGAAGCAGGCAAGAAAGAAGGAGAGGGAGGCUGUGAAGGUCAUGCAGCAGGCUAGAGCGGCAGCAGCACGAACUGCAGAGUCGCAGGCUGGACCGUCUCAUGCUUAA